AUGGAAAACGAACAAAGGAUCAAAACAAACAUCUUAUCGAAUAAAAAUGAAACUGUAUCUAUCUUUACAGUGAUAGUAGAACGCGGCCUACAAUUCCAUUCUUACAUCAAAAGAGAACAUUAUCCUUUCUUCGAGGCGUCCAUAAAACCUUAUCUCGGAGAAAGCAAGGCGGGCAAGCGACGCGCAAUCUACAUAGCGCUGAUAAUAGCAAGACCACCGAAACAAGACCUUACAACCGUUCUCGUCAACAAACACAAAUUGGGCACGGUAAUGAAAACGGAGGAUCUAAUUUUCCUGGUCGUGAUAUAA